AUGGCUGAAUAUUGGAAAUCCACGCCCAAAUACUGGUGCAAGCACUGCACCACCUAUGUGAAGGAUACCAAAAUCGAGAGAAACCUGCAUGAAGCCACAGGCAGGCAUCAGGGAAACCUAAAGCGCUUUCUGCGAGAUAUUCAAAACAACCAUGAAAAAGAUGAGCGGGAGAAGCAAAGGGCAAAGUCGGAAGUUGAGCGCCUGAAUCGGGCUGUGGGCGCAACUUCAACAUCAUCAGCACAAACCAGCGCUCAUAUUUCGAGAAGGACAACAGCGGUCAGUGCUUCGUCAAGUACCGUCGCGGAUCGAAAAAGACAGAUGGCUCAACUGGCUGAGAUGGGCAUUGCCGUUCCCGACGAGUUUCGAGGUGAAAUGGCUUUGGCAGGUGAUUGGCAGGUGGUAUCACAGAAACCUGUCGAAUCAGGUCAAGAGACAGAAAAGGGAUCAUCAUUGAGUGUUGGCGUUCGCAAACGAAAAUUUGAGGGCCAGGAGGAGGAUGAAGGGGCCAGCGAGACCAUUCAGAGGAAAGGUUGGGGUUCCACGACGAAGCAAUACCCCUCGCACGCACACAGAGAUCUCGACGUCUUACUUGCAGGCAACAUCUCUGCCAAGAAAGAAGAAAGCCUUCCAACUUUGAAACAAGAAGAUUCUGAUCAGCUUACAGUCGAGGAGCAUGUUUGCUACAAUGCACAGGAGGAUCAAGAUGCCAUAGACGCCACGGAAAAUCCCCAGGUUAAGCAAGAGGCCGUCUCUGCACCUUCUGCGACCUCAGAUCAGGUUGCGGAAGAGACUCGAGCACCCUCUCUAGGAUCCCUCGAGGUUGUGUUCAAGAAGCGGAAGUCCAAAGCCACGCGCCCCAAGUGA